AUGUUACUUCAACGAGCUGAAAAAUCAAUCUGGCAAAAUUCGAUCCGUUUUUUACGUAACAACAAAAAAUGGUUACCGAGACAGGAGCCAGAAACAUUUGAAAAUGUUGUUUUCCCACCAAACGGAGAGUACAAAUUGCCAGUUAUGCCCGAGGAGCCGAAUUACGAUCCCGCAUUAGGUGAACAAAAAUUCAAGUCGUCGAAGCAGCUCGUCAGUAUCCGUGGCGUCGAGGAAAUACACACAGAAUUGAUCCACAAACAAUACGGCCUCGCUGCUGUUGGUGGCGGCUUCAUCAGUGCAUAUGAUUUCAAUUUUAUUCGUGACCGCUUGAAUAGAAAUCUUUUAAAAAAUCAAUUCGCAAUAUGGAGAGUUCCGGCGCCGUGGCUUCCACGUACGAAGAAGGCAAUUGGAGCGAAACCGGGUAGUGGUAAGGGGAAUAUACACCAUUAUGUUACACCUGUUCGAGCAAAGAGAAUUAUUCUGGAAGUCGGUGGUUAUAUUAUGGAAUUGGAAGCGAGGGCUUAUCUGAUGUAUCUUUGCGAACGGUUUCGUUUUCCUGUGGAAUUUAUUAGCGAGAAAAUAUUGGAAGAGAAGAAACUUCAAGAGAAAAAAAUUGAGCAAAUAAAUGUUAAUAAAUUUAACUGGGAUUUAGUUUUGAAAUAUAAUAUGCAAGAUUGCCAUAGGUGGCUAUCGUAUUACGAUAUUGCUUUUAAAUGCAAAUAUACUUAG